AAAUCGCUCGAAAUUUCAGCUUUCUCUAGAAGCUUCUUUUCAUUCUUCCCAGCACAAUUUCCGCUUUCAAUUAUUCUCUUCGCACUGAAUUCGGACCAUGAGUCACUCUACACAAAUCGUCAAAUUCCUCUACAGUUACGGCGGUAGAAUCCUUCCUCGUCCCUCCGACGGCACGCUCCGUUACAUCGGUGGCUUUACUAGAGUCCUCUCCGUUGAUCGAUCUAUUUCAUUUGCAGAGUUGAUGGUGAAGUUUGGAGAAUUGUGUGGAUCGUCUAUGCGUUUAAAAUGUAAGCUGCCGACUGAGGAUUUGGAUGUUUUGGUAUCGAUAACCUGUGACGAGGACCUGGCGAAUGUGAUUGAAGAGUACGAUCGAGUUUCAGCAAUGACGAAUACAGAGACUAAGAUUAAGGCGUUAUUAUCUCCAAUCAAUUUGCCGAAAAAGAAAUCUCGUCCGUCUUCGCCAAUGUCUUGCUUCGAUUUCCCGGCAUCGAACUUGAAGCAUGGAAAACUCGGCCGGUUCAAUUCGCCUCCGGCGUAUGCGGCGCGUAGAUUGUUCUCACCAGGUGUGGGUUAUCCGAUCGGGAGACGGACAGAUCGCGAGGAGCUUUACUAUCCUUACUGUGGACACGGAGGAGUUAGGCUUUUGUAUAACGUUGUUCCUAUCCAUUGCCAAUAGAAAAAAGAUAUCCGAGAGAUAACAGUAUUGCAGGAGAGUUGUUUACAUGGAUGAAACGAAUCUCCUCCCCAUAAAGAAGGGACAGAUAAAGAAAAUAUUUAUCACAUCAAAUAGCCAAAAAAAGAUUCAAUAUAAUAUUUUGGUGCCUGAAUCAAAUUGUAUAUUGCUUGAGAU